CCUGUCCGUGUAUUGAGAAAUAUUGACAGUUCACGCCAUGAGUUACUUGAUUUCUUUGGAUUAGAAGUAUAUAGUUAUGAAUUAAAUUAUGGAUCUAAAAUCAAAAGUAAACAUUCUAUUUGGAGACGGAUACUGAUGGAGGAUCCAGGAUUCAGAUCCCUGGGACGUCAACAAUUAGAAAGUGAAUUGAGGAAAAUUCGGGAGCCCUCUGCUGAUUUGUUUGGAAUUCAAUUAGAAGUUACCUUUAGAUUACUUGAAGCUGAGAAGAGAAAAUUAUCAGUAUUACAAUCAGAACUUGGCCAGCUGAAUAAUAAUGAUUAUGGACAUGACGUAGCUCAGAAAAGAGCUGCUAUUGGACAAAUCCAGUCUAGUGUAACUCGUUUCCAGUUAAAUUAUAAUAGACUUGAGCAAGAAUACAAAGUAGCAGCCAUGGGCAUGAUUAAAAGACAACAUAAAAGAGGCUCUUCCAGAAGCCAGCCAGCAAUUGGAUUGAAACAGACUUCCAAAUCAAGGCCUUCAAUAUUUGGUACCAUUGCUAAAGAAAAACCAAAUAAAAAAGAAAAAAGAUUGAGUGUUGGGCCACAGAUGAUAAGUCUCUCUCGCAUGUUUGAUCUUAGACCAUCAGGAUACGACAGCCAGGUACCAAGUCAUUACACGGAAGACGAGGCAUUAAUCUUUGAAGAAGGAAACCUAAUGGCUGGCUCAUUAGAAGCUCUGAUACAGCAUCUUGUACCAACCACAAACUACCAUCCUGAUAGAACCUAUGUUUUUGCCUUCUUGUUGAGUUCAAGGCUUUACAUCAAACCUCAUAUUCUUCUAAAAGAAGUCUGCCAGAUAUGUGUAUUCCAGCAGAAUUUAGCUGAAGAUGAAGUAAAUCAGGAAAAACUGGGAACAUUUGGUCCAAAUAUACUGCAGUUGUUAGGAGAAUGGACAGAAAUGUUUCCAUACGAUUUCCGAGAUGACAGAAUGAUGAAACAGUUAAAAGAAAUCACCCAAAGAAUCAUUAGUAUUUAUCCAGAACUCCAAACAGAUUUUGCUAGUCUUACUCAUAACUUAAUUAAUAAGUUAUCCUCAUUACAUAAAUAUGAAGAAGAAUUGUCCAAGAUCAAUACAGAAGCUAUCAGAAAAUCCAGUAUACAGGAAGUUCCUACAACUGACAUUACUGAAAUCUGUCCUAGUCCAUUAGAAUGUGCACAACAACUCACUCAUAUAGAAUUAGAACGACUUGGUCAGAUUGGUCCAGAAGAGUUUGUUCAAGCCUUUGCCAAAGAACCUGUCAGUUCAGAGACAUCUUUUAAAGAUAUGAAGAAAACCUCCAACUUAGAAGCUUAUGUUAAUUGGUUUAAUAGAUUAAGUUACCUAAUCACAACAGAAAUAUGUUCACAUUUAAAGAAGAAAAAUCGUGUAAAAGUGAUAGAAUACUUCUUAGAUGUUGGGAAGGAAUGCAUCAACAUUGGAAACUUUAAUUCCCUUAUAGCCAUUAUAGCUGGUCUUAAUAUGAGCCAAGUGUCAAGGUUAAAGAAAACAUGGGCUAAAGUAAAUACAGCAAAAUUUGAGAUUUUAGAACAUCAAAUGGAUCCCUCCAACAACUUUGGCAGCUAUAGGUCCUGUCUGAAGGCAGCCAUGUGGAGAUCAGAGAACGCUACCAAUGCACGAGAAAAGAUAGUCAUUCCUUUCUUCAGUCUGUUUGUAAAAGAUCUGUAUUUCCUUAAUGAAGGCCAUUCUAGCAAAUUAGAAAAUGGUAAUAUCAACUUUGAAAAGUUCUGGCAGCUAGCUAAACAGAUUUCAGGAUUAAUCAACUGGCAACAAGUUCAGUGUCCAUUUGAGAAGAAAGCAGAUGUUUUACAUUAUAUUCUAACAAAUCCAGUUUUCUCAGAGUCAAAUUUAAGUUUAGCAUCAUUUGAAUGUGAAGCACCAUUCUCAAAAAAUGAAAAAGAGAGACACAAAGACUUAAAAUCAAAAGUUGGCAUCUCAUGACGAAGAUGAAGCAAUGUAAAUAAAGCAUGGUACCUAUUACCUGGAGUUUACUGCAGAUGACCUUGACAUUUGUACAGUUGUUGAUGCACCUGUGUAGAGACUCGAGCUGGUUUACGAUUUUUAAAUCAGGACCAGUCCAAGAAUAGAAGAGAUAGUCCGAAGGACAGAAUACUUGCAUCAGCUGUUGGAUGCAAAAAAGACUUGAUGAUUAGAACAAACAUUGACUGUGUUCCUUUGACAUUCCAGCCAUAGAUAAUCACAUGAUAAUCAUGUGACUAUCAUAUUUGUUAGUGCUAUAUCUUUGUCUAGUGCAAUGUUUUCAUUGAUUUAUCAUGCCUCAUCACAACGAAGUUAUCAGGACAUAUUUUGUAGAGUUAUAUUUUAAUUAAAUGAAUGUUAAAUAUUUGUAGUCAUAUCUAAUGUAUAUACUUAAUUGAUAUGCUUCAUUAGAUUUUGUUAGUUCUAAAAUGAUGUAUUUAUAAAAUUAAGUCUUAUCUGAAUAUAUAUGUACAUGUAUUUAACCACACUCUAUUACCAGCUAUUUUUAGGGCAAAUGCAAUAGGUUACUUAGUUGCAAAUAUACACUUCACGAUUGCAAAGUCCAUUAUAUUGCAAUGCCAAUCGGAAGAGCAGAACAUAUGCUUCACUCAAUAGCAAAAAAAACAAUUGUUUUUAACAUAAUUGAAAACAAAGAUCUUAGAUGCAUCUGCCAUAGUGAUAGCUAGUUAUAAGGGUGUGAUCACUGGCUGUUUUUUUCUAUAGGAAGUCAGGGUAAUUGAUGAGUAUUCAUGUAGCAAUGUCAUCUUUCUACCUAAGCAACAGUUUUGAUGAAAGGUUACAGAGUUUGUUAGUUGGUGCUUAUUUUCUUUCAAACACAAAUGAGUAUUUCAGCAAAUGUAAGAAUUAUUCUUUGGCUUAUAAAAGAUAAGAAAAAUAAUAUCAAACUGAACUAAAGACAGAAUAUCUCACAUUUUAAACAAAAAUUUAACUAUUGCCAAAUUAAUCUUGUUACAAAAUUUACCUCAAAUUAUUUGACCAUUCCAUUCAUUCAAUUAAACAUUGUUCAUCCCUGCUAGUCAGUGACUCAUCAUGGUUAUGUGAACUCUUAAAAUAGACUUAAAUAUUGAAGCUUUUGCUUUAGAUGUUUGACUGUAAAUGGCAUUAACUUAGGAAGAGGUUUGGUAAAGAUUACAGUUAUUAUUUAAAGAUACUUUUGUAUAUGUGCUUAGUCAAAACUAAAACUUGUGAUGAUUUGGCAGUUUGAUUGAUUGAUUGAUUGUUGGUUGCUUUACGCCACAUUAGCACCUAGAACUUGAUUUGUCAGUUUGAAGCUUAAAAAGAUUAAGAGGGUUUGGUAUUUUUGGCUUGCUUGUUGAUGUUGUUUUGCAAAUCAGUAAUACUAAAAAAGAAUUACGCUGAAAAUUAUUUUUAUAUCUUUAUUUUUAUAGAGUUUGUAAUGUCAUUGUUAUCUUCAUAGAUUGCUACAUUUUAUAGAAAGUAUUAGGACGAUUAAUUUACUUUUAAUUGGAAAUUUUGAUGAUAAUGGCCCACAACAAUAAAAGUAAUAUUAAAAAAUUACAAUUGCCCAAUUUGAAGACAAGAUGCACUUAUAGUGUUUAUAUAAUGGAUAUGUAGUAGUUGGACUAAAGGCCAUAACCUCUUCUUUUUAUUGUGAUAUCAUUGAGUUAAAUUAUUCAACCAAUGUUAUAAAUGCUUUUAAGUUAUUAAAAUACUCAUGUAGGUACAAUGUAUAACAGUUUUGUAUUUUAAAAAAUGAUGGAAAAACAUAGAAAGAAAUCAAUGGACAUUUUUCACCCAUUUUCUGAAUAAAUGCAUCAUUUUUAUAAUCACUCUAUAUUCUAAAAUGUAAAUACAUUUUCAUUCUCUAUUGAAUUUAUAAGAAAGAAAGUCAAUUGACUUCAUUCAAAGUUUUGAAAUGUUAAUAGCAUUUCUUAUUACAAUUUACUCUUGAAACUCUGAAAUUCUGAAUAAAGAAAAAACACCCAAGAGGAUACUUUUUGUUCUUUUUAAAAUUAAAGAGACCUAUACUCAUAUCAUUUGACUUCGUUUUAUCUUAUUCAUCCAUUAACAUAAUGUUCAUUAUAUACAGAGCUCCACUUGUUGUUGAUCACAAUCAUUGAGAUUAUUCUGUUAUGGUGCUUUUUAAAACAUUAUUUAAGAUUUUCACAUCACACACAUCGGAAAUUUACAUUUGGUUUUGUGAUCAUGGAUUUUACACUUGUUAAAUAAAUUUCAUAUUAUUUUGGAAAUUUUAAUUGUAACUGAAAUGUUAUAUUGUUUUGGAUAUUUCCUAAGAAUUUUAUGUCAGCUUUAAAUGUUAUAUUUUAUGUCACUUAACUUUAUCAGUAGAAGUUCAAGAAUUGAUUUAGAUAUUUUACUUACUGAUUUUGUUCCUUACACGCUUUUUAGUAAUGCAAAAAAAAUGUUCAGGAUUAAUGUCACAGUAAUUGAACUAAAAUCUUAUUUUACUUAACAUUUUUGUAAACGUGACAGUGGUCAUAGAUUAUUAAUGAUAAAAACGCACAUAAAAUUUGGAAUAUAGACAAACUUAUAAGGGAGAUAACUCCCGGUCAUAUUUCAUAUUUAUAAGAAAGAUAACUCCUAGUCAUUAUGAAAUCUUCAUAAUUCAUUUAUCAUACAUAGCGUAAAGCUUUGAAUGUUUGUUUUACAUAUUGUUACAGCGAGAAUGUUUUUAAUUGUGGAAAAGAACAUGUUAUAUCUAAACUUCAUUUUACAUGGUACAUUUUGUUUUACUGUGUCCUUGUUACUGCUCAUUCAAAAGGUUGAGAAAGUUAUUUGUUAUUACCUACUAUGUAAAUAUUUGAUGAUUUAUAUGGACUUGUUGAAUCUCUCAAUGAAAAAUAAAUAAAUUAAAAAAAAUAUUUAUAAAUUGA